AAAAAAAAGGGCAAUCCCUGAAUAUCCGAUGCACUCAAUGCCCCGAUUACUCCUGCCACCAUUGUCUUCUGCCAUCACUGUUACCAUCGACGCCUGACAUGCCUAGAAACCUACUACUCAUGUUGCUUUGCAUGCCACCACCAAGGAGACUCUCCAUAUAACCUACAAAGAAAAUCAAGGAGGGGAGAGAAGGUUUGGGAUUUUCUUUUUUUAUCUGUAAUUUUGAAGGGGUUCUAUAGAAUCCUCUUUGAAAAUAUAUAAAAAGGGGUUCUCGAUAUUUUUCGAGCAAUGAAAAUAAAGAAUUGACCCCAUUUUUUGAUUAACAGUGAAUACAAGAUUUUCCUUUUUAUGUUCGAAUCAUCACAAAAAAUCAACUAAAAAAAGCAAGAGUCCAUUCAAAACGAAAACAAAAUAAAGAAAAAAGAAUGAGAGCACUUUACCAUUCAACAGAGCCCCCUUGUCGGAGUUGGGAAGCUUCGUCGAUUAAUCCGAACGAUCAGAAGAAGCGUAUUAAAGAGGGGAGCAAUAUAUGUCAUAAUCGGCUUGAUCCAACGGCUGACGGAGGAGAUCGGCGAGGUAGAAGUCGAAACAAUCUCGGCCCUUUUGAGGAGUUAUUAGCCAAUUCAUGCAAAACUAAGUCCGGAUCUAUAUUCUCGGUGUCAGAACAAGUCGAUCGAGGUAUUUUGGCCUUCGACGUCCACCGGAUACGACGGUCGUCACAGCGGUCAGAGGCGACAACAUGGUGGCUGGCGGUGAAGCCUUCGGUUUCUGGAGAUGGGAGAGUAAAGGGUUCAUGUUCAUGGUCCACAUCUUUCUCUGUUUUGGGAGCCAUGGCGUUUGAUAAUUUCACUGCUUUUGAGAAAAUGAACAUAAAUGCAGAGCCUUUAGAAAGAGUUCAUUUCAGUUAAACCCAGAAUCAUAAUUCUCUUUGUCUGGUUGUUAGAGAUGAUAUUAGUUGUAACAU